AUGGCACAGAUCAAGAAGGUUGAGUCCAAAGCAGCGGUGGAAAAGGAGCUCCAGCAACUUCGGGACCAAAGCACCGAGGACGUUGAUGCACAGCUCGCCGAGCUCCUGAAGGAGAAAGCCGAAUUGGAAGCAGAGUCAGCUGCUGUGGAUGAAGGGGUGCGGCCUGCCCUGCCGAACGUCGUUCCGGAGCCUCUUCUUCUGCGAGACCUCGCUGGCCAGAAGAAGUUGCUGGUGCCGGGACAGCCUCAGCCGCCCCGGAGCCCAACGCGCUUGGCUCCGUGGGCAAAGCAGGACAGACAGCGAUCGUGGGGCCCGGCAGCCGCUGGAGCCCGGGACUCGAUGACUCCAACGUCGAAGGCCGAGAAGCUCGGCGACACGAGCUCGACUUCGCCGUCCAGGAGCCGCGCCACCUCGCCAAAGCCAGAGGGGGAGAUGAGUUUGCCGCUGCCCGCCCGAGCCCAGGAGUGGCAGAUUCGCCAACUACGGGAUGACCUGUGCUUCUGGAGCGAGAAGUUCGGAUGCAGUGCCAGAGUGGAUCCCUCUGCUGUGGUCGUCCAGAUCACCGGGGAGGCGCAGGCCGGCGCAGCCAAGACCGAGCUCUUUGCACUGAUGGAGUAUGACCUCGAGUUGGAGGCGGGUACCCUCAGCCGUGGCGUGGUCUCCAUCACCGGGAGUACGAAGUCAGCUGGCAGCGCGCCAAGCGAAGACAUCUCAAAUCCCGAUGUCGUGUUCGAUUGCUGCGACACCGAUGCCUCCGGCGAGCUCGACCUGCACGAGCUGAAGUUUGCACUGAAUGCCUUCGGCUUAUUUCCAAGCCUCGACUACCUGAGGGACUGGAUGGGACGCCACACCGGCAUCGACCGGAAGACGUUCCACAAUCUCCUGGACCAGAAGAAGCGCAGCGCACCGACGUCGAUGAGGCGGCCACGGACCAUUCCCUACGCCCGCCGAGGAGUCCGUAUGCAGCAGUUGGAUGACCUCCAGCAUGCCUUCAUUUCCAGCGGCUGGCUGAAGUCGAAGUGCGACAUGUUCAACGAAGAGAACAUGACUGCGAUUGCGAAGGGAACUGACUUCGCCAUGGACACGAACCUCUACGCACUGAAUCGCUGGGUGAUCAUGCCAGGCACAUCGCCGAGCGCGGCGGAGUCCUUGCCCCCCGAGUUGCGCAGGUCAGCUGGCAUGCCCGAGCCCACCCACGAGUCCUCCUACUCAGAGCUGAUGAAUUCUGGCGGGCUUCCCGUUGACUACUUUGUCUCGCACUUCUGGGGCCAUCCAUUCCAGGACACCUGGUCAUCUCUGAGCCUGUGGUCUUCGCAAGUCCACUGGCAAAUCGGGAAGGAGCCUGAAAACAUGGUCUACUGGGUGUGCCUGCUGGCAUUGAAUCAGCAUCAACCAGGCGAAGAGGUUGGUGGCUCUCCGGAGGAGGGCCCUUUCAAUGCCGCGUUGGUGCAAAGCGCAUGCGGGGCAGUCAUGGUUGUUGACGAAGAUGUCUCCCCGUUCUCGAGGAUCUGGUGUCUCUUCGAAGUGAAGCGCCUCACAGAUCUGAAGAAGGAUUUUCACUUGAUAUCUUCCUGUGGUGCUAUGGGCUCCAACCUGCAGAUGGUCGCAGAGGACGAGAAGAGGCAGGCUCUCUUGGACUUCACCCGCCGUGUGGCUGGUGCACUGUCGCAAGUGUCGGCUUUCGAGGCCAGGUCCAGCAGCGAGGAGGACAAGUUUGCGAUUUGGCAUCGAGUGGCCGAUCCGCAUCUGCGCAGAAUGCCUUUGGCCAUUGCCCGCGAGCGGAAGCUCUUCAACCCCAAUUCCUUCAAGCGCUUUGACACGACCAUUCGAAGCCUGCUGGCUGCACCCCUCUUCCAGACGAGUCUUCAGGAGGAGGAUGCGGCCAGUGCGCUCCGUUACAUCGGCCUCGGCGCUCCCUUCGGCGAGGCGGAGCUGCAGCGUCUCAGCGAGGAGUGGAAGGUCGACGUUUGCCAGGAGAAGGUUGAAGUGCAAAGUGGUACACGCAUGGUUCCUUGGCAUUUGCUGCACUGCGCCGCCUACUUCGGACAUGCAGACUCCGUGGCGUCUCUGGUGCGUCGCAAAGCCAAGCUUGAGGUGAAGACGACAUUCGGAUUGACACCGCUGCAUCAAGCAGCACGGAAUGGCCAUGCACAUGUGUGCGAGAUGCUGCUGGAUCUGAAGGCCAACAUCAACGCUGUCACUCGCGACUCGCGUUCAGCAAUGCAGAAUGCGGCGCACCAGGGACAUCGAGAAGUUGUUGAACUCCUGGCGACGCGUCGGGCAGACAUCAACCACAAAGACCAAAAUGGGAUCACGGCACUGCAUUCCUCAUCUGUUGCGGGCUAUGACGAUAUCGUCAAGGUCGCGGUUGACCUGCAUAGAGAGCAGCGUGCGUUGCAGAGUCAUCAUGAAUUCUACCCCAUCCGUGGAACAGUUCUGCAACACCGGAGCCCUUUGGCUUAG